AUGUACCUCAAGACAAUACCAAUUUUAGUAUUAUUGAUACUAAUUCAGGAAGGUACAUGUGGUGGUCAUAAGGGGUAUUCUUUCCAACAUCAUCAUGGUCCGGUGACGGGACACCACCAGAAGGUGACUUGGACGGACAAACACGGGCAUCAUGAUCAUGAUUACGUCGCCGAGCCGCACUACAAAUACGCUUACGGAGUGGAGGACCAUCACACUCAUGACAUGCAUGGCCAGAAGGAGCACGGAGAUGGACACGGCGUCGUCGGAGAAUACUCAGUCCACGAGCCCGGUGGCAACGUAAGAACAGUCAAAUACUUCUCAGACGACAAUGGAUUCCAUGCUGAAGUCCACAACAGCAACGGCUGGAUCCACCACUACUGAGUCACCCAUAAUUCAA